AUGGCGUCGGUGUCCAUCAGCUCUCAGCUCAACAAGGCGGUCCGUCAGCAGUACAUGAGUCUUCCUCAGGGAGGGAAGAGUCAGGUCACCUACAUCUGGAUCGAUGGAACCGGGGAGGGGCUCCGCAACAAGACCAGGACCCUGGACCAGGAGCCCUCCACCAUAUUGGAUAUUCCUGAGUGGAACUUCGACGGCUCCAGUACGUACCAGGCCGAAGGCUCCAACAGCGACAUGUACCUGGUCCCGGUCCGCAUGUUCAGGGACCCGUUCACCCACGACCCCAACAAGCUGGUCCUCUGUGAGGUCCUCAAGUACAACCGCCUGCCUGCAGUCAUUUUGUGUAUUUAUUUGGAAACGAACCACCGUCGGCGCUGCAGCGAGGUGAUGGAGAAGGUGAAGGAGCACUGCAUGUGGUUCGGCAUGGAGCAGGAGUACACGCUGCUGGGGAUAGAUGGACAUCCUUACAGCUGGCCGCUCAACGGCUUCCCAGGACCACAAGGUCCGUACUACUGUGGCGUCGGGGCUGAUAAUGCUUACGGGCGGGACGUCGUAGAGUGUCACUACAAAGCCUGUCUGUACGCAGGCAUCAACAUCUACGGCACCAACGCUGAAGUGAUGCCGUCUCAGUGGGAGUUCCAGGUGGGACCCUGUGAAGGCAUCGAGAUGGGCGACCAGCUCUGGGUUGCUCGCUUCCUGUUGCAUCGUGUGUGUGAAGACUUCGGGGUUGUUGCAACUUUGGACCCCAAACCAAUGAAGGGCAACUGGAACGGUGCAGGUUGCCACACCAACGUCAGCACCAAGCAGAUGAGAGAAGAAGACGGGCUGCAAUUCAUUGAGAAGGCGAUAGAGAAGCUGGGUCAGAACCACGCGGCCCACAUCAGGAGCUACGACCCGCGAGGAGGGAAAGACAACAUGAGGCGUCUGACCGGCCUCCACGAGACCUCCAACAUCAGCGACUUCUCAGCCGGCGUGGCCAACCGCGGCGCCAGCAUCCGCAUCCCUCGCCAGGUGGGCCAGGAGAGGAAGGGAUACUUCGAGGACCGCCGGCCGGCCGCCAACUGUGACCCGUACGCCGUCACCGCCAUCAUCGCCGCCACCUGCCUGCUGGAGCCGGAACAGGAAGUAGAGAAACAAGACACAGAAGAAGAAAAGAGCAACUAGGAGGAAAUGUAGCAAUAUAUAGAAA